AUUUUCUGAGAAAUACUUGCUGAGAUUGUGGAAAUGUCUGGACGGGGAAAAGGCAGCGGCAAAGCUCGGUCGAAGGCCAAGUCUCGCUCGUCCCGGGCCGGACUGCAGUUCCCUGUGGGCCGUGUUCAUAGGCUCCUGAGGAAGGGUAACUAUGCUGAGCGAGUGGGUGCCGGAGCGCCGGUCUAUCUGGCUGCUGUGCUCGAGUAUCUGACGGCUGAAAUCCUCGAGCUGGCUGGCAACGCGGCCCGGGACAACAAGAAGACCCGCAUCAUCCCCAGACAUCUGCAGCUGGCCGUCCGCAACGACGAGGAGCUCAACAAGCUGCUGGGAGGGGUGACCAUCGCUCAGGGCGGGGUGCUGCCCAAUAUCCAGGCCGUGCUGUUGCCCAAGAAAACCGGAGGCGCCAGCAAGUGAAGCGACAGAAAGUGAACCCAGUGACCCAAAGGCUCUUUUCAGAGCCACCCACAGUGUCUGUGGAAGGGCUGAUCCGUGGUUGCGGUGAUCGUGGGGAAGGAGCUCUAUGAAAUCCGCAAUAAUAAAUGAG